UAAUAAGAUGCUUGGGGAAGCCUUCCUAAUUGAAUUCCUAUACAAAGAACAGAAAUAUACAAAAUUUUGUAAACCACUCACAUAUAAGACCUCAGAUGCUGAAAAGGAAACUUGGAAAAAGCAGCUUUUAGACCUAGAAGACAAUUCACUUUCCCCUGAUAAAAUAGAAAGUCAAUAUAAGGUUGAGAAUGAAAGUUCAGCAGAGCAUAUUAAUGAUACAAAUCAAAGGAAAUCUGUGGAUGAGAUUUCCUUUCCAGGAAAUGUGUCUGUUGCAUUGCCCAUUCCGAAGAGAGAAAAAUAUGAUGAAAGCCAAUUGGAUUUAUACCGAUCUUGGUCAUGUACAAGUAUUUACCAGAAUUAUCCUGACCUGCAGAUUGGAGGAGACCACGUGGGGAACAUGUAUGACUCAGGCUGCUUCGUGGAACACAUACGUGAUGAUGCUUUUAAUGGUCCCCUUUUACUUUCAGAAGAUAUCCCAUUGGGCCAUUCUCCUAUCACUGAGCCUCUAGAGAAACCACCUGCCUCAAAACUUUUGAGUGGGGAUGAAAUUCGAGAAAAAAGUAUGUUGUUCCAUAAGCAGCCCCUCUCUAAUUCUAUGCUUAACAGUUAUAUGGAAAAAAAAGUGGAUGAAGUCUACAAACAAUUUUUGGAAGAAAAUCUCACUAAGUGCCUCUCCAUAACCAACCUUAUGACUUCCAAUUUGCUAAUGAAUAAUGGGAAUCAGAUUAGCCUUCAAAUCUCUCAAGAGCAGAACACAGAGGUAUCGAAAGGCCUGGAAGCUCUCCUACAUUCUUGCUCAAGAAACAGUUCUGAAUUCAGCACUCCUAACCUACAAAUAUCAAACCAGAAAAGCAGAGAAUUUGUAUCACAUCUACGGUAG